AUGGAUGUCUUUAAGAAAGGUUUCUCCAUUGCUAAAGAAGGUGUGGUGGCUGCUGCAGAAAAGACCAAGCAGGGAGUGACGGAGGCUGCAGAGAAAACUAAAGAAGGGGUGAUAUAUGUAG